CGCGGGCUGAGACGGGCGUGUGUAUCGUCGCGGGUCUUAUUUUUGUCAUCGUACGCCAUAUUGUGUCUAUUGUCAACCAUAAUUCCACCAUAAAAAUCCACAUUACCAAUUUCCGAUUUACACGCGACGCGGUGCAGUUAAAAAAUAACAAUCAACUAAUUUAAGUGCUUAUUAUUAUUGUUACGCUAUCUGUGGAGAUAAUUAUUUUAAUUAUAAUCGAUUUCGGAGUUCCGUAUCCUAGUGAAAUUUAAAAAGUGAUUGUUUUUUUUUCCGGCGUGUUUCUUGUGUUGUGCCAGAAUUAGCACGUGAAAAAAAUAACUUGAGAACAGUCAGUGUGUUAAAUAUAGUGCAAUGUCUACGCUGAAUGUUAAAAAUAAAAUUGCAUUUGUCUUCGUUGUGUGGACAUGAUGUUAAAUACAUUUGUUAUGUACAGUUUCGGUGUUUCUGUUAAGUUAAAGUGAAUUACUUACUGGAUUGCCAGCGCCUUUUUGGAUUUUUUCGGAAAUGGAGAAACCUACUUUCAAGUUGGUGGGUUCCCCCUGCGGUCACCACGGCCAGUACACCUUCUACAAAGCCAUCAGACUCUGCGGAGAGAAGGACCGCAUCAUUGCUAUCGGAGACUUCUUCUUUGUCAGGAUAUGGCAGGACUCUGAGCUGGUCUCCGUCGGUGAACUCCAGCUGUUGUGGACCGACAGGAUCUCCGGCCAGACCCUGGUCAGCCUCCGACUGUACUUCCUGCCAGAGAACACUCCUGACGGGCGCAGCCAGCAUGGAGAGGACGAAGUCCUAGCCAUCAACGAGAAAGUGGUCCUACGAGCCGAUGACCUGCUCAGCUGGGUGUGUAACGGCGAAGACUGGCGGUGGGGGCUCCGAGCGGUGUGGAGGGGCGCCUGUGCCCCCCCUGCGGACCCACGGCACACGGCCCCCCUACACCAUACUAAGCUGGACUUCAGCGAUGUUGAGAAGGAGAAAAAUUCCAUCGUGGACCCAGACAGCCCAGGCGUGGUAGUGUUCUCCUACCCCCGGUACUGCCGGUACAGAGCCCUACUCUCUCGACUGGAGGGGGUGCAAGGAGACUGGCUGAGAGACUCGCUGGUCGCCGCGUUGGGAGGGUACGCCGCGCCCACGCAUAACACCAGGAUCCUGUACUGCAAGGACACAUUCGAAUACGCCGAGCUAGAAGGCCACGAGUUCGUGUGCAACCAGUUUGCGCCCAAGUUGAAGGGCCGGCCGCGCGGGCGCCGCCGCCGUCCCCCCCGCGCCGGCGACCCGUCCCCCACCCCCUCGCCCGAGCGGCCGUCGUCGGAGCACGACUCGGAUGACCAGAGGAGUACGCCCAGUGUCGCGACCCCCCGCCGUCUCUCCCUCCGCAACGGAGCGGACCGGCACAGCGACGAGGACGACUACAAAAGAGAGGAGACGAAAGAGGGAAAGAGAGAGGAGAAGAGAGACACCACUCUCGAGGACAGAGCCUUCUUGCUGCAGCUCAGACAGUUUUAUAGGGAAAGGAACGAGUCUAUGCACGGGCAUACGCUUAAAGACUUAUCUCUCCGAGUGCUAUACGAGUCGGUGACGUCCCGAGGCGGGUACGAGGCGGUCUGCAGGCAUAAGCUGUGGCGAGCUCUUAGCGUUGAACACCCCGCUAGAGCGAGGAGGCAUUAUGAAAGAUUCCUUCUGCCCUACGAGAACCACUCCCGCCGCAACGGUCUGACGCACAACGGCCGCCUCCCCCCGCGGACCGUUGCGACUAUUGACGUCACCUCCCCCCCGCGAUCCCCGCCGCCCCCCUCGCAAACUGAGGUCGCUAAGAGACUGAGGACGCCUUCGCCUGUGACCACAAUCGACAACGAAACCGGCGAGUCGAAAGAAGAACUCAACCUCAUCUCCAAACCAGCCGAAGAACUGAACAGGGAGUUUCUAGAAUCGUUGCCCAAAGACGAGAAACCUCUCAAGAUCUCCGUCAAACCGGUAGAGAAGCUCAUCGAAGCGAAGCAGAGCGAAGAAGCAAAGGAAAGUGAGCGAAAGCCGAGCGAAGCGAGCGGAGCGACGCUUAAUGAGCUCGCGCAUAAGCUGAAUUUGAGCAACCCAGCGGGCCCGUAUGUAGCGGUGGCGCCCGAGACUCGACUCAACGGCCACGACGCGAAGCCCCUCGAACAGCAGAAGACUCGCCCCGCGGGCCGAAGUUCGCUGCGCGCGGUGCGAGUGAAGCCCACGCGACCGCAACAUACCCCCGCUAACACACCGCCCAUCCCGCCCGCGCGCGGCUCGCCGCCCCCGCUGACCAACUUCGGCAUCCACCACCCGCCGCCCGCCAACCACAGCGACGACGAGAUUGUCGAGGUCCCAUACAAACCAAAAACGCCAGAAAUAAUCGACCUGGAUGAAUACCCAGAAAGCCCUAUAUCGACCAAGAAGAAGAAGCUCGACAUCCUCAAAGAACGGGGUUUAGAAGUCACCGCGAUCCCCACGUGGCCUCUUCAACCCCCAAUCACCCCCCUUUUAAACCCCACCCCUAUGCUCCUAAACCCAGCUGUCCAGCACCAAAUUAUGACCCAGGCCCAAAUAUUUCAGAUGUAUAACAUAAUUCCGCCGAACUAUAAUGGCGCUCAACCCCCUAAAGUCAUCCAAGCAACGAGCCUUUACGGCAGUUCUGGUCCAGAGAAGACCGUUUAUGGUAAUCCAAAAGACCCCUUCAUGCCCCCUCCUCAUAUCUUAACAGGCACCCCUGUGAAACCCCAAAGAAACAUCCCCACCACCACCACACCCCCCCAAGGGCCCCAAGACAUCCUAGAUCUAACCUGCAAAAGUCCUGUACCCUCCCAGAAACCAGCGGUCGAAAUAGUGAGAAUACCUACCGCUCCCUCCCCAUCCAAAAAUUCUCCCCAGAAUCUGAGCAAAAAUUAUACUUUGAUUGACGGAAAAGCAGUCGUCGGGUCCAAUUUAGAAAUCACUUUAGUCAAUCCUAGAGUGCAGACGCCCAACAAAAAUAGACAGAAUCAGAAAAGGUCGUCAAACGGAAAGUUUGUGUCGAGCAAAACUCCAACACCGCCGAAGGAAAACCCCAAGCAAUUCCCAUCGCCGUCUGGACUGAAGAAGAAUCCUAUAGUAGUGCCCAAUUAUCAAAUCAAUUCGAGGGAUAACGUGUCGCCUACGAGUUCUACUGGGUCCAGGGACAGCCAAACCAACUCCACCAAUGUGUUCAAGCCAACCAAUCUAGCGCAAAUACUAGAGAUGCAGAAAUCUGUACCAAGUGUGCCACUUAUGGACCCAGUCUACAUGAGCGCGUUAUACAGCAGCCUAGGGAAUUUGGACCAACGUCAAUUGACUAUGUAUAGAGACUUUAUGGCGAGCCAGAUGAGGUACACGGGACUCCUGAAUAUGGGGGUAGGCACACCCACUACUAAGAAUUGAGUCUAGUCCGAAAUGUGUGACUGCGAAGCGGUAUGUGCCAUAUAUGGGCCACGUCACCAUUAUGGGAACAACUUAAAAAAAGGCUUUUUAGAGGUAUCUCUUCUGCUAGAUUUAAAUUCGAAUGUAUUCCCUUUUUACACGA